AGUUGAGUUUUAUUUACUGAUCAAUAACUUCUCAUAAUAAUGAAGACUCUGGCAUUUCUCUUUCUCCUGUCUUCUGGCUUUUGGGCUCUUGCUGCCACGGCUGAUAGUUAUGGUCUGAGCUAUGAUUACUACAGCGAGACGUGCCCCCAAGCUGAGACUCUGAUCGCUGAAACAAUGAAGAAAAUAGUUAAGAAGGACGUAACAGUUCCUGCGAGGAUGAUAAGGAUGCAUUUCCAUGAUUGCUUUGUGAGGGGUUGUGAUGGAUCAAUUCUACUGGACUCAACUCCAGGGAAUAAAGCAGAAAAGGAUGCACCCCCAAACAAUCCUAGCCUCAAAGGAUUUGAGGUGAUUGAUAAACUUAAAGCUGUUCUGGAACACCAUUGCCCUGGAGUUGUUUCCUGUGCUGAUAUUCUUGCAUACGCAGCUAGAGAAUCUGUUUUUCUGUCCGGCAACGGAAAGGUCGAGCAGUACAAGAUUAGAGGAGGAAGGAAAGACGGAAGAAUCUCGAAGGACAUCGAUGCUCUAAACAACCUCUUACCUCCUACUGCGGAAGUUGACACACUCAUACAAGGUUAUGCUGCAAAAGGCCUGUCAGUUGAGGAUUUGGUUACUCUCUCAGGGGGUCAUACUGUAGGAGUCUCGCAUUGCUCUUCGAUUAAUGGCAGACAAGACAACUUCAAGAAUACCGGCAGGCCUGAUCCCACGCUUGACUCCCAUCUAGCCUCAAUGCUGAGGGGUGAGUGCCGGAGUAGCAAGGGAGCUGACCCCAUAGUUGUCAUGGACAGAUUUACACCGCUCGUUCUGGACAACAAAUAUUACGUUGGUUUAGUGCAAAACAAAGGGUUGUUCACAUCAGACCAAACCUUGCUCACUAAUGAACUUACCCGGAAAGAAGUAAUGGAGAAUGCUUAUUACCCAGGUGUUUGGGAGAAGAAGUUUGUUGCUUCCAUGAUUAAGAUGGGAGAGAUAGAGGUCAAAACAGGGAACCAGGGAGAGGUUAGGAAGGUGUGUCGCCGUGUGAACUACUAAAGGGAAAGUGGGCAUGUCGUAUAUAUGUUCUUCGGGGGGAUGUAGAAGAGUAGAAGGAUUCCCAGACUUUGGAAUAAUAAUAAAGGGAAAUUCUUGGAGGAGUCAUCAAGAAACAAUAAUUGUUUCGUUUCUUGACAAUAAGUUGUAAUUAGUUAAUUUCUCAGAGUGAUAUAUAUUAUUAUAUUAUCGUUGGAUUGUGUUGUGCA